AUGCCUUCAAUGUCUCUAGCCUCGCAUGCCUCGGACUCUGAUGUCCAAUCUGUAAGCGAUGCAGCGACAGAGGAGCAGGCAGACACGUGGAUGAAAGAUUACCAAAGGCUGUUGGGGACGAGAGAUGAUAAUAGAAGACUUGGAGAGCUUCACGAAAACCUGUCAAAUUACAGACUUGCUGACACCGAACGAUUUGAUAAACAAUUCGGCACAACCAAUGGUGUGAUCCGUGAACAUGGGGAUCUCGGCAAAAGCAUGAAGUCGCAUCCCAGCGUAAAACAUUCAGACCAGACGCAGCAGAAUGCCCCAGUGCACGACAAUUCAACUCCGAACCCUGACAGCCCUAUCCCGUCCAUAGAGCAGGGAGAUAUUGAGAUGGAGGAUCUUGGAGUAUACCGCAGGACCGAAGACCAGUCAGCACCCACGCAAAACGACAGGUUGGAUGUACCAAAUGAUCCGAACCAUUCUGACGUGCGAUCAUCGCGCGAGCAGAGUGUCGGUAGCCUAGGUAGGGGGUUUAAUCGUCUGGCUAUUCUCGAUCCGCCCAAGGGUAAAAACCAAGGUCGCAUCACCCAAAGUCCAGCUCCAGAUCCCAAAGACAUUGUGGAUGGAUGGGGAACUUGGAGAGGAAACUCGGGUUUCGUGAUUGUGCAAGAAGGUCCCCCUGAAGCAGCUAGGUUCACAUUCAAGCUCAGAUCGAAGUACUCCAAUGAACGUACAGCCAACAUCUCCGACAAACAGCUUCGAAUUUCCGAGAUCAGGGACCUGGGUGUUGGUGGGAAGAAGCCUUAUCGUUAUACGAGCGAAAACGUCGCCGGCGUCUUCGGAGCUGCAUUCGAGGAUACGGGUGUGAGAAUCUCCACACGUAACCCAUGCUCAUGGGCAAGAGUCGAAUGGCAAGGGUUAAGGGAUGAGGACAUGAUUAAGUGCAAGAUCACAGAGGGGUAUUCGUGGAUCCCAAAAACUGAUUUCGAACGGCUCUGCCAUGGGCGGGAGGCAACCGAGGCAAAGAUCAAGGAGGUCUGGGAUAGCCAGGAGCAGCAAUACGCGGCCUGGGCCCAAAAGAGGCCCGGAAGUGAGAAUCGCAGUCGUGCCACCACGCCGUGUCCAUUGAAUGCCUCUUUGAUCCGGCUUCAGCAACAAAAAGCCACCUCUCGGAGAGCCACUUCGCGCUUCAGGACACCUGAUCUUAGGAUUUCCGCUCCGGCUGUUGAUGACGACGGUACCCCUCCUCUGUCCCGGCAGAAUGAUGUGACGGGCACCAGAUCCAAUCCAGUCAGCCUUGACGAGGAAUCGCAGAAUGUCAAUUCGCCUGCCCCGUCAGGAUUGACACCUGCCAUUGCUACAUCGAGGGAAUUGAACAACCAGGGCACACCCGGACCUCACGGUCAGACUCCCAUUUUCGAAUUCAGCAAGGCGGAGUUUAUGAAGAAAAGAAGUGAAAAAUGGAAAGAUAUGAAUCCCUCGGAAAGGGAGAAAGAAGAAGUGAUAUCCGAGGCUCUCUAUGAACUUCACAGGGCGACGAUGUUACAAGGUGGCGCAAGAGAGGUUGUGGAUUUGAGCACGCCCGUUAGUGUGGAGGAGGAACUUUGA